GGGCCGGGUGAGAGGAGCGGCGGCGGGCACUGCCGCCCCCGCUAUCUGACCCGACCUUCCCCCUCUCCUCCUCCUCCUCCUCCUCCCUCAGCGGCCCGGGAGGAACUGAACCAUCGCUGCACAGGAAGUAGCGGCUGCGGGGAGCAGCGGCGGCGACAGCUGGGGCUGCCGCACUCAAUGAGCGAGGCUCCCGCAGCCGCCGCCGCCCGCCCCUUCCCCGCCUCCCGAGGGCAGCGGCGCCGAGCCAGCCCGCCGCCGCCGCCGCCGCCGCCGCCGGGGGGGCACCGCGGACAGCAGCAGGCGGAGGCGGGCAAGGCCGCCCGCCCCGGGGCUGGAGGCUGAGGCGGGCAGAGGCAGCUCCGGCUCUUCCCGAGGAGGAGGCGGCGGCGGCGGGGACUGCAGGUAGGGAAUACCUGGAAGGAAGACUGAGUCCUUCAAGGUCAGAGGAGAGAGAAGUUUCAAGUUUAUAUACAGAGGCAAAUGAGAAAGCAAAUCUCUUGAAACAUAAACAGUGGUACUUCCCUGGAGGGAGGAGAUGGGGUAUUCUCCUGUUGCUCUGAGUGUUGCCAGGUGCCAGAAGUGGUCCCCAGUGGUGGUGGACCAUUAUUCUGAGUGACGGCCCUUGCACACGCUUCUGAGUGGUUAUCAUGGGCUUCAUUGCCUUUCUGAAGACCCAGUUCAUAGUUCACCUCCUCAUUGGGUUCGUCUUUGUUGUGAGUGGACUGAUCAUUAACUUCAUUCAACUAUGCACGCUAGUCCUCUGGCCCAUAAACAAGCAGUUUUAUCGCCGAGUAAACUGUCGCCUUGCCUAUUCGCUUUGGAGCCAGUUGGUAAUGCUGCUGGAAUGGUGGUCAGGCACAGAGUGCACCUUGUUCUCAGACGAGGCCACGGUGAACACCUUUGGGAAAGAACACGUCAUCAUCAUCUUGAACCACAACUUUGAAAUUGACUUCUUGUGUGGCUGGACCAUGACAGAGCGCUUCGGAGUGCUAGGGAGUUCCAAAGUUCUUGCUAAGAGAGAGCUACUAUAUGUGCCCCUAAUUGGCUGGACGUGGUACUUCCUCGAGAUUGUUUUCUGCAAAAGGAAAUGGGAAGAAGACAGAGAUACGGUUAUUGAAGGAUUAAAACGUUUGGCUGAUUAUCCUGAAUAUAUGUGGUUUCUCCUGUACUGUGAAGGAACUCGUUUUACAGAGACCAAGCAUCGUAUCAGUAUGGAGGUAGCUGAAUCCAAGGGGUUGCCUAAACUGAAAUACCACCUGUUGCCCAGAACCAAAGGUUUCACCACUGCUGUCCAGUGUCUCAGGGGAACAGUUUCAGCAGUGUAUGAUGUAACACUAAAUUUCAGAGGAAACAAGAACCCAUCUUUAUUAGGAAUUCUUUAUGGAAAGAAAUAUGAAGCAGAUAUGUGUGUAAGGAGAUUUCCUCUGGAAGAUAUCCCUCAAGAUGAAAAGGAAGCUGCAAACUGGCUUCAUAAGCUUUACCAGGAAAAGGAUGCUUUGCAAGAGAUGUAUAAUCAGGAAGGCAUAUUUCCUGGCCAGCAGUUUAAACCUCCUAGGAGACCAUGGACUCUCCUAAACUUUCUUUUUUGGGCCACAGUUCUCCUCUCUCCUCUCUUCACAUUUGGCUUUGGAGUUUUUGCAAGUGGAUCACCUCUCCUUAUCCUUGCAUUCCUGGGACUUGUUGGAGCAGCUUCCUUUGGAGUUCGUAGACUGAUAGGAGUAACUGAAAUAGAAAAAGGCUCCAGCUAUGGCAACCAAGAAUUCAAGAAAAAGGAAUAACUGACAGCUGCAGUUCAGCACAUAUAACCAGACUAUGGUAUCCGAUUUAACUUCAGUUAAAAAACAACAACAAACACUUAGAAACUAUCUUUUUCUUAAUAACUGAUGACUAAUAUUAAUGAAUAAAACUUGAGCCAAGAAUGAAGAAGUUGGAGGCAUCAACUGAAGAGAACGCAUCAACUUCCUGCCUGUUUAAGGAUUACUGUAGUCAAACUAUGGGAGAAAAUCUGGGGUGGGGUGGAAGAAGAAACUAAUUUUUCUUGCUUUGUUGGGAGACUUGGGGGUGGGGGGAGAAAAGAGGGCAUUGGCCAUGGCCACGUGCAUCUUCAGAUGACUGAAUACACUGGUUUCUGUCAAAAGCACUACACUCACUUUUACAACAGGAGCCAUUGAAUGUUUCCUCUUGCUAAAGCCAACGUAAUGUUUGUUGUUUUCCAACUUUUUUUAUUAAUGAGCCAGGAAAAAACAACCCUUCUUAAGUUAAUCAACAGAUGUUCACUGGGUUAGAGUCAUUUUGGAAAGGCUGUGUUCUCAUGGCUACAGGUGAAAUCCUAUUUGUAUGUGACACUGAUACUUUUUAUUUUUAGACAACGUCUUAAAACUUCUGUAAUGCAAGAGAAUGGAUAGUGGAAUUUGGAAGCAGUGUGUUAUUGAUCAGCACAUACCAUAGAACAGAUCCACUAGUAUUAAAACAGUAUAAAAUUCUCAUCCUAUCUCCUGCUAACUGCUCAAGGCUGCUUAAUUUCAAAAUACUACUACAGUCUUGAGUGUUGUUUGCCCUGUUUCACAUCAUACAUGUACGAUAAUCUUGAAUCUGUUGGGGCUCGUUUUGUUUUCUGAAUUAAUGGUGACUGUGGGGUUUGGAGUUGUGCAAAGGAAAUUUAUUCAAUUGUCCUGACGUUUUCUCCUUUUAUUUCUGUUCGCAUCUCUCAUCACCAAAGUCCAGUUCAGUCAACCUGUCUUGGUAAACUGGGAGGCAGCAGCAGAAAUCAGCACAGUAGUUUUCAAAAUGUCUUCCUUUACAAAAAAAUUUGAAAAGGAGAGGUCUGUAGCAGUCAGAUUUCAAAUACUGGCAUCUCUUGAACUUUUAAUGAGAGUUCUGACAUUGAUUCAAAUGGGGCCAGGAUCUUACCCUGUGUGCUGUAAUGAUAGGGUGUGCUGCACUUUCUACUUGGUCGUGCUUUAGAUGUUAAUGUGAAGUAUAUUGCAAGGUGAGCUGUGCUGUUAAGAAUUAGAAAGAGUAUGGGGUCUCUUCAGGGAUUUUAAAUAUCUUUAGUUUUGCUUGUUGACCUUUUGGGUUUUUUCACUGAAAAUUAGAAAUCAGAAUCAUGGCUGUACCUGUCUCUUUUUUUUUUUUCUCCUUUCUUUUUUCUUUUUUACAAAUGCAUAUUCUGAGAUUUUUCUAGAUUGCUGCUGUAUGCAUAGCUGGAGAAUUAUUUGCAAACAGAUGAGAACUACCUGUAUGUUCAAGUCUGAAGGCCACAAUCUGCAUUCGGCUACACUCAGAAGUUGGUGAAAUGGGUUGCAGAUCUACAGCUGAGGGCAGAAACUGACCCUCGGGUCUGUGUUUUUAACCCAGCUGCCACUAGAAUAUUUAUCUCACUUUUGUAAAGAGCAGAUCUUAUCAAAGCAGUGGUCGUUAAUUUUAAUCUUUGCUUUAGUAACCAAGAUAAGAGAGUAAUAAUUUACUUUCUUUUCGUAUUUACUCUAACUGUUGGAAUGUAACCUCUUCUCCCACAGGUUUUUCUGUUUUCAAACACUGGAAGAGCAAUUUUGUAACUUAGAAAAAUAUUUUACUUGGGGUCAUUAAUCACUGUUCUGUCAUGCACUUGAUUUUAUUUGUGGUCUUUUCAACAAGAGGAUUUGAAGGAUGACCUGUGUUGUCUGUCUCCUGUUAGAUUCAUCCUCACUGAAUCAUUGUACCUGUAGCCCCAGCAUUAGAAUGUCAUCUUUGUCCCCUCAAUAAAUCUUCCCUAAGAUAGGGGAUGCAAAACUGUUGUUAAUGUUAGUGGAAUUUGGAAUAUGCUUUGGGAACUGAGGAGAACAGAGCCUAGCCAUGACUCUGUUUUCCUUGCUGGAUGUUUUUGUACUUUGUCUUUAAAUAUGGUUAGACUUCCAAAUGCUGAUAAAGAUAACUCUCUGCCUUUUCCCUGUUUUUUAACCAGAGGACUAAAAGCAGUGGGCUUUUCUUUCUUUUCUUUAUUCUUUUGUUUGUUUUUUUUUAUAAAGUAAUUCAGUAAUGGAUAUAAUUCUUGCUGCUUAGAAAGAUGUUAACAAAUGCUGUAUACUUGCUUCCUGAAGAUGAUAUUGAGUAUAUAUAAAUUGUACUGGCUUAGCAGAGUGAGUCUUGCAAAGCAGGCUGACCAUUGACUAUGUUUUAUACUUACAUUUUGAGCAGUAUAUUAAUGGGCAUGACAAGAAUUUCACAAAAUAAAUCCCUUCUUAAAGCUGAGAAGCGGGGAGAUGCUUAAAGGAGAAGGGAAUUAGUAACCUUUCUCUUUACGGGAUUCUUUUCUCCUCUUAGUGCAUGUAACUCCCUAUUCAGAAUCAUGGGAUUAGUGCAUGUACAUCAAGGGGAGAAUAGUCAACAGUUCAUAUUUUCUUAUCAUAACUUAUUAGUCAUGCUUUCUUUUUGAAAAUAUAAUAAAUACAACAUCAGUUACUUAAAUUUUGCUCUUCUAAACAGACAUAUCAGUAACCAUUUGGAAAACUGAAAUAUACAGCAAUGCACAAAACAGUACAAAACCAACACAAAUCUCUUCAUUUUGAAUUUUAUCUCAAAUGGGGUUUUUACACACACGUGCAUGCACACGUACACAGAGUUUGUAUAAAUUAAAAUGACUGGAAAUAGCUGAAGUUAAUGUCACUAAUGAAGAUUAGCAGGUGGCUUGGAUUGGAAAAGUGAGCAUAGAUUUUAUAUCUUAUUUUCUUCUGGUUUAAUAGAACAUAGCUUGUAUAUUUGACUACCAAGCCCUUUAAGAGCAAUAAUAAACAAAAAUAUAUCAUGUUUUUCGUCUUUUGCUUUUCAACCAUGCUAGGUUUAAUAAACUUAAAGUUACAGGAGCGUUUUCUCUCUCAACCUUUCAAAACUUUCAUUUAUUGCUUGUUUAGACUAAAUACCGUGUUCUCCAGUACGGACUUGCAAGCUUGACUGCCAUGGAGUUCAGCAUUGACUCCAAAAAUAAAUGGUUCUCAGACUAAUAUGGACAGAUGCUAUGCUCUUGGCCUUGGCAGCACUUGUCAUUGUCAUGAAGAACAAUGAUGUUUCUCUCCCAACUGGGAUUUGCAGUUCCAAGGUAGCAUCACAUUGACCUACGUCUAAGAACCUGGUGGGAGAGCUCGGAGACUGCUGAUGUUGUGGCAUCUCUCAGUUAGGAAGGCACAAAAAGCUGAUGCUGAAGAAGGACCAGAUGACUGGUAUCCAGAGGUCUUGACUCAGUAGGGAUUACAGUUCUCUAUUGCUCAUUGUGGGCUGAACGUGCUCUUGCAAUUGACUUUGCGUCACUGAGCAAAAUAUCUGUCUCUGGCACAAAGAGCAUGGGCAACGUUCCUUUGUUCUGCUUUAACUUAUCUUGAAGGGCUCUACACUUAAUUGCUGACCAAUGAAUAUGACUACUACCUUUGUCCUAAUUGCCUCGUAUUCACAGAAAAAGUGAGUGUGUCUGCUCACUUCCAUGUGAUACCACUUGUCUCCAUCACUGAUGUCUGUAUAUUUGCUUGCCUGUAUUUUCUGCAUAUGGUUCGGUUACAACCUCUUAGCUGGAACUUGGAGCUUUCCAGUUCAACCAGUCCUAUAGAAAUUGUCUCACAUAGCUGGGGUUUUGUCUUCCUGCAUUUUGGUGCUGGUUGACAUGCUCAGUAGGUCUGAAGUGACACAGUUGUGUUUAAGUUGUGUUAAGUGAUGAUGCAACUUUGGUGCUUCAGAGCAGAACUUUUAUUAGGGAAGAGAAGUCCUUCCCAGGCCUGCUCACAUAGGCCAUCACUACCUGGUAGCAGGUCCUUCUGGCAUUGAUGAAACCAACGGAAGGGAGUUGGGACAAGGUCUUCACUAACAGUUGGAGUAACAAGCGAGUAGGGGUCACUGUACAUCUGAUAAUUGCUAAAGGUACUGUUUCUGUCUGGGACUACCCCAAAAUCUGGUUUUGCUUCACGUACAUUUUGGUUAAAGAAAUGUGGGGUUGGAGGCUUUUAAUAAUGCUGAGUUCACACUACGCAGAGUGCUUCAGAUUGAAGACAGAUAAUAUUCACAUAUUUUGGCAUCUUGGAGAUGUUAAGAAGUCUAAGGCCAAGACUGGACAGACCUCACCCAAGUGUGUUUCAUUCAGAUGCUGGAGGCCAAUGCAGAUAAAAGGGGAAAAUCCAUUCCUAUAUUUCCUUUGAAAAUCGGAUGCAGUGGUGUAGCUCACAGCGUCUCCUGGAUGCCUGUGCGCGUAUGUCACUUGGUGCAAAGUUUCUGGUUCACAGCAGACGAUUACUACACGUUCUGGUUUAUGCCUGUGGAAAGAAGCCCAUCCCUGCAAUGGUAAUGCUGAAUUUGUACUUUGACCCAGUUUGUCACAGCUACUUGUUUCCAUAUUUCUGAACCUUUUGAUCCAUAAUGGGCUGCUCCACAGCUGCCAGCGCUGAGUGAAGCCAGGAUUUGAAGCAGGUGACAGCCGUGCUGAGAGCUGCAAGGUGCAUUGCUGAAGGGAGGAGGAACACUGCAAGGUACUUCACUGGAAGGAGGAGGAACACCGACAGGUCUGGCCAAAUUCUUGCCCUGAGAAAAUCAAGCAAUUGCCAGGAGUUUUGCAAACCAGAGAUAAGUGUGUGCGUGGGCAGGAAAACUCUGACUCUUAAUAUGAAUGUGAAACCUCCCUCUGACAACUUAGAAGUUAACCCGUGCCACGUUCACGUGACUUGGGUCAGAAUUUGUCUAAAGGGCUUGUUACAGAUGGCAACUCUCAUGCUGCCGCACUUCCCCCUGUCUGUCUUGAAGACUAGUUUAUCUGUCUCGGCAAUCUCUGUAUCAAGGUCCUUGCGUGGUUUUUUUACCUGCUAUGGUUUUGAGGGAAAACUCUGGAAGUCAGUGUUACAGAAUCUGUACCACACUUGGUAGCCACCAGAAAAUGUCAUGGAGAUAUUUCACACUUUGGAAUUGGGAAGACAGUGGAUUGGCAUCUGGAAGCCAAACAUGUCGUGUUUCUCUUGUCCUUGGCCUCUCUAGGUUUAUGGAAAGCUGCCUGUAUUUCUUAAAAUGUUAUACCUGUAGUGACAAGCCACUCUUCAGUUUUUGAAACUGUGAAGAAAGUUAAUUUGUGCACUUUCACUGUUGAGAGUACUUGAGUGCAGCUGCUUGUCUAUUUCUAAAAAGCUUUACGUUAGCAGAAGCAGCAUUUUAUCUUUUUAAGAGGAAAUACAUUUUAAAAAUAGAUGCUUUAGCAGAAACUGGAAUAUAAUAGUACUUUUAAAAUCUAAAUUGAAAGUAUUCUUUAGUGUGGGGGCUACCACUACCAGUUUGCAGUCUUACACAGGUUUUAUUUCUUUUUUUUUUUUUUUUUUUUUUUAACUUUGGCCAGUGUGCAUUUUCAAGGAAAACACACCGAUUUACUAGUCACACUAAAAUCUAAUUUGUGAAGGGAGGAAGAGUGGGCAGCAGAAGCUAAUCAAGAAUGAAUUUUUUUUUUUCCCCAAGGUAUGAACUGGUUCUGUGGACCUCCUUUAUUAUGUGCAUGUGCAUCUGUGCAGAGAGCCAAGCUGUGUCUCUUCAUAUUAUUUUGCUUCAGCUUUGUCAGAGCUGUACCUUGUGACAACUGAAUGCUCCUUGCCUGAACGCCAGGCAGCCACUGUCAGCUGGCGUGUCGCUCACUCCUAAAGAUCACCAGCAAGUACUGUAGCUUUAAUGAAAACCUUCUCUCUGAGAAAACUCAGCAUCCUUAACCUGAUUGAUUUGUUACAAACUUGUCAUUUGGAGGGAAGUCUUAAGUACCAGUUGAUCAUUAAUAGCCAAAUCUAACGAGUAAUAAAACUGUAUACAGGGUAUGCAUUUACUGUGCAUGUGUAUAUAUUUUUGUACAUUUUUACAGUUAUUUCCUACACUUGAUUUUAUGACGUUCAGAAGAGAUGCGUCUGAAUCUGGUUAAAAACAAGAAGCUAUUAAGAAAACCCAACCCUGUCACCUACUGUAGUUUCUAUUAAGAACUGAGCCCAAACAAAUACACAGAUUUACAGCGCUAUGCAAAUAUUACUUUGUAAGUUGUCUCUUAAAUUAUGCUUAAGUAGUUCAUGCUGUUUUUACUGGGCUUUCAGAAAACGAUGAACGCAAAAGACUCAUCUUGUAAAAUAAAAUAGCUUUGGCUGUGUGAAA